CUUUCAUCAUAUCUCUUUUGACCGCGUAUUGUAGAGUUACUAUGACAGAAAAUCAAAAUGGUGAAUCAACAAACACCGAACAAGUAUACACUCAAAGUCAAGUCGACAAGGUCCUUAGUGAGUUCAGUCAAAGAAUGGUCAUCGAAGAUAACAACCAAGCCGAAGAAUCAGCUAACGAAACAGAAAUACCAGUGGGAAUCCUCACCGAGUUGAAGGCAUCUUCUUACCAACAACUCCAAGGCAACACCAAAAAGUUCAUAGACGAGCAGCCCAUAAAUACACUUCUAGUGGAUGACUCAAUUCUCAAACAAUCAACAAAAUCCUUUUACCAGAAAUCAGAAAAUGUCAAGUAG